ACUAGCAGACCUCAUGGGUGUGGCGCUGACAAGAUCUGCACAGUGGACUGCGGCUGGGUAUGGGACUAGAACCCUGGAAAUUACCCCUCUGAAUGAAUCAAUAUUGCAAGAAAUUGUUAAGUUCGUGGAGUCUUUUACUUAUAAAUAUCUGCAGGAGGCAAAAUUUGUUUUUGUAGAACCACUUGAGUGGAAAACAAAUUUGGAGGCUUCAGCAUUUGAAUCAGGUUAUAUUGUCAGUGAAACAACAGCCAAAUCAGAAGAAGCUGAUAAAAAUGGACAACCUUUGCUGUUUCUCUCUGCAUCUCAAAUUAAAGUCAGGAGCUUUGGACAGCUGUCACAGUUGUUGUUAAUUGCCAAAGAUACCAAGCUUCAGGAGGCCCAAGCCUGUGUCGAAGCUAACAGAGAUCCUAUAGUAAAAAUCUUGGGCACAGAUUAUGGUGAAAUGAUAGAAGACACCUCUUCCUUAAAAAUUCUUGAUAAAAUCACCAAAGAUGAUGAACACGAGACCUAUAUUAAAAGGAAAAUUGCCGUACUGCUGAAGCAACUGGAUCUGCAUCUACUCAACCAUUCCCUAAAACACAUUUCACUGGAAAUAUAUUUAAAUCCAGGGACUUUUAAGAAAGAUAUAGAACUGCUCAAACGUUUCUCGGGAAAAGGAGAACAAACGGUGUUGGAAUCCAUUGAAUACACUUCAGAUUAUGUGUUUUCAAAUGGGUGUCGCGCCCCACCAUGGAGGCAGAUUCGAGGGGAAAUCUGUUAUGUACUGGUGAAGCCACAUGACACUGAAACUUUGUGCAUUACCUGCAGUGCGGAAGGGGUAUAUUUAAACGGCGGCAAAACAGAAGAGGAGGGGGAAAUUAAUUAUGAGCGACAAGGUGAAAUUUAUAAAGACCUUGUCACAUGCUUAAAAGACAAAUCACGAGUAUUUUCAGAAAAUAUGUCUAAACAGGAGGUUAGAGUCAAUGAAGAGCAAUGGAAGGACCAAAUUGAUGAGAAACUCAAGAGUGAAGGAGCCUCACAUGCAUCUGUAGCUGGUUUAGAGAAGAGUAAACAGGAAAAGAACCAAAUUAAUUUUGGGAAAAGUCAUAUGACCAAGAGACUGGAGCCAAGCUUAAACUGGAGAGCCACUGUUGAUUACAAAGACCACAAAAGCUCUAUAAAAGACAGCCAAGAGGGAAAACAAGGAAAGCCUGAAAAGCCACGCGCAUCAGCUUCCUCUGGGCGGGCACGGUUACUCCGUAAGGGUGUCGAGAAGGUUGAGGAAACCGUCAGCGAGAGCUCCUCAGAGAGCGAGGAGGAUGAGGAACCUCCUGACCAUCGGCAGGAAGCAAAUGCAGAUUUGCCCUCAGAAUAUUGGCAAAUUCAGAAGCUGGUGAAAUAUUUAAAGGGGGGAAAUCAGACUGCAACGGUGAUUGCCUUGUGUUCCAUGAGAGAUUUCAACUUAGCUCAAGAGACCUGUCAGCUGGCGAUCAGAGACGUUGGAGGCCUUGAAGUCUUAAUAAAUCUGCUUGAUACAGAUGAAGUCAAAUGCAAGAUUGGUUCAUUAAAAAUCCUGAAGGAAAUCAGUCAUAAUCCUCAAAUCAGACGUAAUAUUGUUGACCUUGGGGGCUUACCAAUUAUGGUUAAUAUACUUGAUUCUCCACACAAGAGUCUGAAGUGUUUGGCAGCUGAGACGAUUGCAAAUGUUGCCAAGUUCAAGAGAGCCCAUCGGGCUGUGAGACAGCACGGGGGAAUCACCAAGCUGGUGGCUCUACUGGAUUGUGCACACAGUACAGCAGAACCCACUCAGUCAAGCCUGUAUGAGACCAGGGAUGUGGAGGUGGCUCGAUGCGGGGCUCUGGCACUCUGGAGCUGCAGUAAAAGUUACUCCAAUAAAGAAGCCAUUCGGAAGGCCGGGGGUAUCCCUCUGUUGGCUCAACUACUGAAGACUUCUCAUGAAAGCAUGCUCAUUCCAGUGGUGGGGACGUUGCAGGAAUGUGCAUCAGAGGAAAACUAUCGAGCUGCAAUCAAAGCAGAAAGGAUCAUUGAAAACCUCGUGAAGAACCUAAGCAGCCAGAACGAACAGCUUCAAGAGCACUGCGCCAUGGCCAUCUACCAGUGUGCGGAAGAUGAAGAAACCCGAGACCUGGUUAGGCUGCAUGGAGGACUUAAACCCCUGGCCAGUCUACUCAGUAACACCGACAAUAAAGAACGCUUAGCAGCUGUCACAGGGGCAAUAUGGAAAUGCUCCAUCAGCAAAGAGAAUGUGAUCAAGUUUCGGGAGUAUAAAGCCAUCGAAACUUUGGUGGGACUCUUAACUGAUCAGCCGGAAGAAGUUCUUGUGAAUGUUGUUGGGGCCUUAGGAGAAUGCUGUCAAGAACAUGAAAACCGUGUCAUUGUCCGGAAGUGUGGUGGCAUUCAAUCCCUUGUGAACCUCCUGGUUGGAAUAAACCAAGCUCUUCUUGUGAAUGUCACAAAGGCAGUUGGCGCAUGUGCGGUAGAACCGGAAAGUAUGAUGAUAAUCGAUCACUUAGAUGGAGUUCGUAUGUUAUGGUCUCUGCUGAAAAACCCGCAACCAGAUGUGAAGGCCAGUGCAGCGUGGGCGCUCUGUCCAUGCAUUGAAAAUGCAAAGGAUGCUGGAGAAAUGGUUCGUUCCUUUGUUGGUGGUUUGGAGCUAGUUGUCAAUUUAUUGAAAUCAGAUAACAAAGAAGUUUUGGCAAGUGUGUGUGCUGCUAUUACCAAUAUAGCAAAAGACCAAGAAAACUUAGCUGUUAUUACAGACCAUGGAGUUGUCCCAUUACUGUCCAAACUAGCCAAUACAAGUAACGAUAAGUUGAGGCGCCACCUGGCAGAGGCUAUUUCACGCUGCUGUAUGUGGGGCAGAAACAGAGUGGCCUUCGGUGAGCACAAAGCAGUGGCUCCAUUGGUGCGUUACCUGAAGUCCAACGACACCAACGUGCAUCGAGCAACAGCCCAAGCCCUGUACCAACUCUCAGAAGACGCCGACAACUGCAUCACUAUGCACGAGAAUGGUGCAGUGAAGCUUCUACUGGAUAUGGUUGGGUCCCCGGACCAGGAUCUCCAGGAAGCUGCCGCUGGCUGUAUAUCCAACAUCCGCAGACUGGCUCUUGCUACAGAAAAGGCAAGAUACACUUGAAAUUUGAUUAUACGAGAGAAGCUACUAAACUAUAUCUGACAUAGGUCAUGCCACUCCCAUGGCCAGGAAGCCAGAGUUUGGAAGCUUUUAUUAACUAAAUCUUCAAAGAGUCUAAUGAAAAUACAUGGACUAUAAUGCAAACAAUACUUUUCAUCAAAAAUUACAAGAAUCUUUUCAUUCUAUUUGGCCUUUAUGUUUUAAGGACAUGCUGUGUAAUGAAAUGUAAAGUCAAUGAACUUGUGAUAAUUUUUCAAGGAUUGGAGGGUAUAUGUAUAUGAUAUAAAUAUUCAAAUGAUACUUUUGCAUCUGCAGUGAUUUAAUAAAGAAUAUGGCUUUCCCA